GUCUCUCACCUGUUCUUCUCUCUUGCAGAAAACCAUAAAAUUUUUCUUUUCUCAGGUCCGUUGGACCCAAAAAUACCGAAGCGGAUUCUGAUUUUUCGAUCUGUUGGUGCAGCCAAGUGCAGCCUUACACAUCAGAUUACGAUUGGGAAUGAUAUGGUCAUAUGCACAAAUAUCAGAUGUAUUGUGAUUGGUGCAUUUCGGUGGAGCCCGCAUGAGCGGUUUUGAUUGUAUUUAACCAUGGCAAAUUCUAAAGGGACUGCAGACUUUAAAAAUUCGAUGUGUGCCGGGAAACAGUUGCUUCUUCCUCCUAAAAGUCCCUUUCAAAGCACAUCCCUGUCAAAUUCAGAUUAUGGCUCCUCUUCAACAGGAUCAAAAGGUAUCCUGAAACCCAGAGAGGGUCAUAGGCCCCGACAGCGUACUUCCUCUGAGAGCUUUCUCUUUGAGGAGCAACCUCCUUGGCUCGACGAACUUCUUAAUGAGCCAGAGACACCUGCGAGGAGAGGAGCUCAUCGGCGUUCAUCAAGCGACUCUUUUGCAUACUUGGAGGCAUCUAAUAAUUCUUAUAACAGAGAUAGCACAUCUUGGGAGGAAUAUAAGCAUGGCAAUAUAGCUUCUGUACCUUCUUGGGGUUCUCUGGACUUCGAUCACUUUCGCGAUGCACUACAUGCUUCUUCCUAUACAGAAAGCUGUUUCAAAGGACAACGGAAUAUGGCAUGGGAGUCACCUUUGAACUCUGUGGCCUACCCAGGCAGCCUGUCACCUGUGAGAGAUAACAUUAUAGGUCAAGGCUCAGGGUCAUCAUGUGCUCCUUCGGAACCGGAUGGGGUUGCAUCUGUUGUUACCGAGAAGCAAGACCAAGAUGAAUCUCAUCUGCAUGAUUUGCAAGGUUCUUCUGAAAGAGGGGAUCACUUUUCUGCUAGGCCUUCUGCAUCUGAGGUUGAUCCGAAACGUGCCAAACAACAAUUUGCACAGCGAUCCCGUGUGCGGAAACUUCAGUAUAUAGCAGAGCUGGAAAGAAGCGUCCAAACUAUGCAGGUGGAAGGGUGCGAAAUUUCAGCUGAGCUGGAAUUUCUUGGCCAGCAGCAUAUCAUAUUGAGCAUGGAGAAUAAAGCCCUAAAGCAACGGUUAGAUAGCUUGGCCCAGGAACAACUCAUAAAGUAUUUUGAGCAGGAGCUCUUGGAGGGAGAGAUUGCAAGGCUUCGGGCACUGGUGUAUCAGCAGCAGCUGCCACAGCUACCACCCUCUACCCGUCACAGACGCAAUGGUAGUAGGGAGUCUGGCGGCCUUGAUUCCCAACUGGCUAAUCUCUCUUUGAGACACAAGGAAGCCAAUUCUGGCAGGGACCCAGUCAGUGGUUCUCUCCGCAUCUGAAGUCUGAGACACUGGAGCAAUGCUUGUGCCCAUGCCACUCUAGUGGGGCCCGUAAAAGGAAAAAGAAAAAGAAAAAGAAAGAGAGAAAAAAGCUGACCAAUGGAGGCGAGAAUGCAUUUGGAUAUCCACUUGCUUCAUUAUCUCCAUUCGACGCUCUUCUGGUGGUGUGACUCAUCAUAGCAGGUGAUAGUCGGUGCCGUGGGUUGUUUCUUUGUCUAUUAUACUUUUUCUAACCAGCAAUUCUAUUCCUAAAUUUAUUCCUUCAAGUAUCCAUUCUUUUGGUCCAUGUGCAUAUAUAAUGUAGCCGUGGGAGAAUUAUGCAGAUAUGGGGAUAUGUAGCCAUGGGAGAAUUAUGCAGAUAUGGGGUCCCUCGAAAUUGCCGUGUGCUGGUAUGAUGUAUUACACACCCUGCUCUGGUUAUCUGAAGCCAUGUAUGCAUGACCCGGGAUUCUCAUCAGGUGGGUUCCACCUGAUGGCCACAUCGGCCUGUUUUGGGGUCAUGGUGCAAGCGGAGUCUGGUCCUCCCUGAUGGAACACACCCAUAGUUGGAGUAGGAUAUCAUAGGUCCUGCUGGAAUAUUAUUUGGUGCGAGGUAGAUUGGAGAGCAACACCCAUGAACAGAUCCGGCCUGACCUAUUGUGCAGAAUUUUUAAGAUGAAGCAAGGCAUUUGUUUUGUACCUUUCAUCGUAUUUGUGUAUCCAUAUGUAUUUAUGAAUUGCAGCUUGCCAAUUGAGACUUAUCUUGUUCAGAGAAA